AGCUGCUGUCUGCCGGACAUGGCCUGUUUGAUGGCCGCAUGGUCCGUCCACAACCCCACCGUGACCAACUCCAUCAUCAUGAACACCAACGGGCCCCCGGACCUCAUGCUGGAUCCCCGGUCGGUGUGCGUUUGUAUGGAGGAGGUGGUUGGCAGGCGGCCGUCAGCCGGACCACCGGCGCCGCUCAGGAAGGUGGAGAACAGCCUGACGGAGGCCCAGAGGUUCUCCUCGUUACCACGACGACCAGCAGUCAACAUUGAGUUCAAGAACGUUUCGUACUCGGUCAGAGAGGGACCCUGGUGGAGGAAGAAAGGUUACAAAACCCUCCUCAAAGGGAUCUCUGGGAAAUUCACCAGCGGGGACCUGGUGGCCAUCAUGGGGCCAUCCGGAGCCGGGAAGUCCACGCUCAUGAACAUCCUGGCCGGGUACAGGGAGACGGGGAUGAAGGGCGAGAUCCUGAUCAACGGGCAGCCCCGAGACCUGCGAUCCUUCAGGAAGGUUUCCUGCUACAUCAUGCAGGACGACAUGCUGCUGCCGCAUCUCACCGUGCAGGAGGCCAUGAUGGUUUCGGCCAACCUGAAGCUGCAGGAGAAGGAGGAGGCUCGCAGAGAGAUGAAACCAGAGAACGCAGCAGAAAGACCAGUUCACAGUCACACCGUCUAUCUGCCACCUCAUCGCGGUCUGGACAGUUCGUCCUGUUUCCAGGUCGUCUCUCUGCUCAAAGCUCUCGCUCAGGGAGGAAGAACCGUCAUCUGCACCAUCCACCAACCCAGUGCCAAGCUGUUCGAGCUCUUUGACAAGCUGUACGUGCUCAGUCAGGGUCAGUGCAUCUACAGAGGACAGGUGAGCAGCCUGGUUCCUUACCUGAGACACCUGGGGCUCAACUGUCCCACCUACCACAACCCUGCCGACUUCGUGAUGGAGGUGGCUUCAGGAGAAUAUGGAGAUCAGAUGGUUCGUCUGGUUAAAGCCGUUCAGGAUCCGAGAGCUGAGAAGGACCAUCAGACGGAGCUGAAUGGAGACACCAGCCUCCACCCGCUGCUGUGGCAGGAGGAGAGCUGUUCUUCUGAAGGUUGUCACAGUUUCUCAGCCAGCUGCAUGACCCAGUUCUCCAUCCUGUUCAGGAGAACCUUCCUCAGCAUCCUCAGAGACUCGGUGCUGACUCACCUGAGGAUCUCGUCUCACAUCGGGAUCGGCGUUCUGAUUGGUCUGCUGUACCUGGGCAUCGGCAACGAGGCCAAGAAGGUUCUGAGCAACUCAGGGUUCCUGUUCUUCUCCAUGUUGUUCCUCAUGUUCGCCGCUCUGAUGCCCACAGUGCUCACAUACUGCAGCAUCGUGUACUGGAUGACGGCACAGCCUCCGGACGCCGGCCGUUUCUUCCUCUUCCUGUCUCUGGGCGUUCUCACCUCUCUGGUGGCUCAGAGUUUGGGUCUGCUGAUUGGUGCUGCCUCCACCUCGCUGCAGGUGGCCACAUUUGUGGGUCCGGUCACUGCGAUCCCGGUUCUGCUGUUCUCUGGGUUCUUCGUCAGCUUUGACACCAUCCCCUGGUACCUGCAGUGGAUGUCCUACAUCUCCUACGUCAGGUAUGGCUUCGAGGGCGUCAUCUUGUCCAUCUACGGGUUGGACAGAGAGGAUCUGCACUGUGACGAGGACGACACCUGCCACUUCCAGAAGUCCGAGGCCAUCCUGAAGGAGCUGGACAUGCUGGACGCCAAACUCUACCUGGACUUCAUCGUCCUCGCCGUCUUCUUCUUCUCCCUGAGGCUCACCGCCUACUUCGUGCUGCGCUACAAGAUCAGCUCUGAGCGGUAG